AUGCCGUUGGAACAAUGUCUUGCGAAGGUGCGGGAUGGUUGCAAACCUUGGGAAGCAUUCAUUUGGAUUUUUGUCAUUUUUGGUUUCACUGUAGUUGGGACAGUGUGCUAUAUGCGCAUCGGCCCUGUUUUUAUAAAACACACGACUCCAGACAGUUCACCUGGAGUUUCCACUGUUCCUGAUUUACCUGUAGUUUCCGCUGUUUCUGAUUCACCUGAUGUUUUUACUAUUUCUGAUUAUGAGUUUUACAAACUUUGUUCGACGGAUAACGAUCCUAGGCACAGUCGCGAUAGUUCCGUUGGUUCCCGAUAUUGUCCAUGGGAUGAUGUUGCUUCGCGUAGACAUAGGCGUGAGGUCUCGUCCAUUAGGCCCACCUUUAAACACUGCACGCCUGCUCUCGUUCACGACGGUAUUUCCUGCGUGCCAUGGCGCAUAGCCAACGCGUACCUACAUUCAUUGGCGUUCACCGUGGCCCCAAACACGGCUUCCACUAUCACCGUGCCCUUGAAGAGUUUGAAAGGUACCCGACAAGGCUGGCUCACUACGGGUGACAAAUGGCCUGGGUAUUGGUGGUAUUUGACUGUCAAUCCAGACAUUUCGGACUGGAGCGCCUUCAUCACCUCGCAGGUACCAGGUUACUGGCCUCCUGGCUCCAGUGAAGAAGCUGUGUUUUUUGCUAAACGUAUCACUUUGAAGAACCAAGGCUCAAGCCUUCUUUUGACCGUUACACUCCCUGAUGACACGGUUCGGCCCCCUCACGCUACCCUGCUCAAUACUUCCUGUUGGGGUUUUCAGUUGUGGGCUUGGUCCUCUGGGAAGGAUCCUCAGUUUCCUAUUGUCCUUUGCGUUAACAAAACUAUGCGGGGCGCUGACAGUCCCGUGUUGAGCGACUUUUCCAAAACAUCUGGGGCAGUGAUUACGAGCGUGGCCCUCACCGAUGUAGACAGUCACUUUGUGGCCUCCACAGGUAUGAGUGGCCAGACUAACAAUUGGCUCCUCAUGGCCGAGCAAGCUGCUAAUGUGACUAACACCAGUUGCGUUGUGUGUAUGGGCCCACGGCCCCUCUUGAGAAUCAUUCCCGCGAGUGUGGCUCCUGAGUGUGCGAUUUUUGUGAUGUCUACCCCUUCCAUUCCGUCUGCUCAUCCUUGCUCCAGUUGGGACAAGGUCUAUCCCGUUUCCUCCUUGGCAAAGUCCAAACCCCUUUUUUCCACUGAUGUUGCUAAAGGUAAUUUCACGUGCAUCAAGUUGCCCGGUACCGGCGCAAGCCUAGGCGUUUUGUCAGCUCCUUUGUGCACUUCCCUGUUCUAUGGCGCUGCCUUUUUCUCACCCAUCGCUCGUAGUGAUAUUUGGUUUUGGUGCAACACUGACAAACUUUAUGAUAGUCUCCCUUUUAAUAGCUCUGGUACUUGCGCUUUGGUGACCCUUUUGCUUCCCGUUUUAUUAAUGCCCGCAUCUACUCAUGAGCUAGACGUUUUUAUUGAUUCUUUUGUGCCCCGACCCUGGUCGAGGGCUAAGCGGAGUGCCGAGUGGCAAGGCGCGGCGGAUCCGACCUAUAUAGAUGCCAUUGGAGUUCCCAGAGGAGUGCCGGAUGAGUAUAAGCUGGUGAACCAGAUAGCAGCUGGUUUCGAAUCCUCCAUUUGUUGGUGGUGCACCCUUAACAAAAAUGUUGACAGGAUCAAUUACAUCCACUACAACGUGCAGAGGCUUGGAAAUUGGACCGAGGCGGGCUUCAGAGCGGUCCACUCCCAGCUGGCCGCGACUUCCCUCAUGGCUUUCCAGAACCGGAUGGCCCUUGACAUGCUACUCGCUAAGGAGGGCGGUGUCUGCGCCAUGUUCGGACGACUUUGAGCUCCCACGGCCCCCGAGUUGUCAUCUUCGCAUUGACUCCAUUGAUGAGGCCCCCGCUGUGGACCUGUCCGACCUUUUUCCUGAGUCCGACGUUGUCUGAUUGGCUUCGGUCGCCUCCCGGGUGUAAAUUUGUUCUUAUGACGUAUGAUCCUGCGGCUGAAAAUCUUUUGAAGUAGCCUUUGGGUGAUUUGAGGGUCUCUGAGAACUUAUGAUAAACAGGGGGGAAUUGUUGGAAAAUUGUAUAUAUAUGUUAUCAUGCGUUCUCUUUUAGUUUCUAUAUUACUAUAUUACAGUAAAUGAUGUCUCGUUAGAUCUACCGUUAGAUUAGAUCUGCGUACGUGCGUUCGUUGUUCUGCUUUGCUGUUCUUAUGUCCACCACAGAAUACCACAUCAGCCAAGGUGUGAGGUCUUGUCUCGGUCAGCGAGAGACAGCAGCAACGACAUUGUGUCAGCCUUCCUCAAGUGGCUGACUCGGCACCUCACACCCUCAAGAAAUGGAGCGCUGGGAGCGCCCCUGGUCCUUGCUGAUAAGACUGCUUGAACCCAUUGAACUUGAUGAACUCUGUUUGCUCUUUCCUAUGUCGCCACAUUAGCAUAACGUUUGCAGUAAUCUACACACACCAGAAGUUUCCUGCGCUUACCAAAAGCAGAAACCGUUUGCGCUUCCCCCUACCCUUAUUUGGUUUCUGCUACACAUGUGAUGAGGAAAAUUCCCCAAAUAAAGAGAGCAAGGAUGCAGACAGACUUUAGUGUAGGUUGGGCAUUGUAAGCUGUCUGUACUGCACUCCUUGCGCAAGCUACGACUCAA